AUGGAAUUUGCGCCUUUAGGCAAUCUUUAUGAAUAUUUGAAAUCAAAUAACAACAUUACUUGGGAAACAAAGAUAAAGGCAUUGCAUGAUAUCAGCAUAGGACUCGAACAUUUGCAUGAUAGUAAAUUGAUUCAUCAAGACCUUCAUCCGGGGAAUCUCUUAUUCAGUAGUAAUGCAGAUGAAAAUUUCUUAAAUAUUGCAGAUCUUGGGUUGUGCAAGCCAUCAAAUCCGGAUCCACAAUUAAAUGAAUCACAACUGAUUAUGCAAUGUUGGGAUGCUCGUCCAGACAAAAGGCCAACGUCCAAAAAAUUAUUUCAGACAAUAAAAGAUUGGUAUUAUGAUAUUAGAAGAAAUAGACAGUCUGAGUUUAUUGCACAAAUUGAAAAGGCAGAGAAAUUAGCUAAAGAUUCUUCGACAAACAAUGCGUUAGAAGUUCAUUAUACAAUACAUCCUGAUGCGAUAUACACUAGUAGGCUUCUUAAUUUUGCUAAUCUUUCCCCGCCUAUGAAUGAUUCAAAUUUUGAUGAACAACUUGAAAAAAUAUUCGAAGCCUCCUAG